AUGGCUGCAGCGGAGGGUGCGCCUGCAGCAGCGGGAGAGGCCGCGGAAGUGUCGAAGGAAAGCAACGCCGAGGCUGCGGAAGUGGCCAAGGAUGGCCGCGACGCCGAGGCCGCGGAGGUGUCCAAGGAUGGCCGCGACGCCGAGGUUCCGCCUGCCUCAGCCUUGCCACCGAUCGAGUUGGCACGUGGUGACAUCUGCUCGAUUGAUGGACUGAAGGCCACUGAACUGAAUGGCUUGCAAUGCACGUUGUUUCGUGAGGACACCGAGAGCGGCCGUUGGGAGGUGAAGCUGCCGGACGGCGAGGUGAAAGCACUUAGACCUGCCCAUUUGAUCUUUCGCUCCAUAGGUCCCAUCGAAGACGAUGGCAGUUUGACAUUGAUCAGCAUGGCAAGUGACCAUCAAACCAUCCAUCGAGUGCUGGACUCUGUGAGGGAUUUGAUCCGCACAGGCAGCGAAGCCUUGGCCCUGCUGGCUUCGGUGGUGUCGCCCAUGGGCGGGCGCAAGGCGCAAGGUGAAGAGGGCCGAAUCUGGCUAAAACUGGCGAAGCAAGCGGAGAACCGCGUGCGCGGCACGCUGGAAGAUCUGCAGAAAAACAUGGAGCAGGUGGACGGCAUCGAUGCCUCGCGCUACGGCCCCAAGGCCGCCGCGGAGAUCCGGCUCGCGCGGAAGGACCUUGUUCAGUUUGUUCAGAAGGCCCAGGAGCAGCUGGAGUCCAGUCUCGCGCGGCUGCGCAUCGUGCUGCACCAUUUGACCUCAACGGUACCAUCUCAGAAGCCGGCGCAUGGAUGGACUGAAGCAGAGUCCUUGCACGAGAAAUACCGCGCAGCUUUUGAAAAAUUGGAGGAGGUGGUGGAGAAGGGGGAUAGCUCCACCGUGCGGGGCAAGACGCGCUUGAGCAGCAUCACGGUGAAGUUUCAGGGCCGAGGUGAAAAUCCGCCGCCCUCUGACAACCUCUAUGUGAAGGGUCUGCCAGGAUGGGUCACGGAAGCGGACCUUGAAAGCAUCUUCACAGAGGUUGGCGAUAUCCAGAGUAUGAAACUGAAAGCUGCCGACUGGGGCGCCAUCGCCUUCAUUAGGCUGGCGAACAAGACCCAGGCGCAGCGGGCCAUUGCGAAAUACAACAACCGCGUGCCGCGGCUACUGGAGAAGAAGGCGGAGGAGGUUGAUGCGAAACGCCUCAGCGCAGAGAUUACGAAGGGUAUGCUUCGAGCCACUGUGGAUCAACUGGCGAGAGGCAUCACGGUCAUCGUCGAUCUGCGAAAACCGCUGGGCUGCGUGUUCAAUGACCACCUGGUGACCAAGUCCGUGGCAGAGGAUGGACAAGGCUUCGAGCUGGGGAUUCGGGUCUCCUGGCGCGUGCGCUCCAUUGGUGGCAUCAAACUGCAGAACACCAACGAGUUGAAGGAGCGCAUGGCGAAGCUGAAGAGCGAGGGUCUCAAGGAGGCAGCCAUCGUUUUUUCACCACCGCCCAUCGUGGCAUCCUUCGCAAAGAGGGAAGCUAUGUCAGAUGUGGCACCUUCGGCAAAGGCGAUGGUGGAAUUGGCCCAGCAGGACAGUUCACUUUUGACGCCAGAAGAGUGGAAGGAGUCUAAGGACCUCCCCAGACUCCCCAGGUUCGUGGCAAUGCCAAGCAUCUCGGCCCGAGCCUUCACGUGGCUUUGCUUGCUACGGGCAGGACAGAAUCGUCCCAUUGGUUCCUUCUUGUCCAUGAGUUUUGCUGAUAGCAUCGCAUUGCCGAAGGCAAAUACUGGGCCAUUGGGAAGUUUGCGCUAUCUUCUUUGGCGUGUGUAA